AUGCUCGACGUUGCACCUUUUGAAUUCUUUGCCUGGACCGAUAAGAUUUCCCGUCAAAUGCUGAACCUACCGCAGGAGAUGUGGGAGGACGAUAUCGAGUUUGACCUACAUUGGAUCACCGAGGACGGCAAACCGGCCCAGAUGAAGAGCAGAGCUCAGAUUCAGCCAACCGACUCCUUUGAGUCUUGUCCACCCUUGGAUAUCGCACUCAUGGGAGCUCAUGACCUGAAGUACAAGACCAGCGAAGCCGAGCUCGCCUUCAUCCGCAAGGUUUACGAGCAGUGCAGCGCCUUCUUGACCAUCUGUGGUGGUAUGUUCCCGCUUCUCGAGGCUGGCCUUCUGGCUGGUAAGACGGCGACUUGCCCCCGCAUGAUUGUCUCUGCCAUGAAGAAGAGUAUUCCGGUCGUCGAUUGGGUUGAGACUCGUUGGGCACAUGACGGGAAGCUGUGGACUUCGAGCUCGCUGCUGAAUGGCACCGAUAUGAUGCGGGCUUUUGCUGAGGCUACGUGGGGAGGGAAGACCAACAAUGGAACAUCUCGAACCGUCACCCCAACCUCACGUCAACUCUCUGGAGUCGUCAGAAACUAUCCUGAAGCCUCAAACGUCAACAUCACAAAUUUCAAGCAGAAGUAUCUUGGAAACGCCAACAACAUGUCCCUCAGAACUAUCGGCGCAAAGGCGGCCGCGGCCUUGGACAAGGACCUCAUGAGCACCGGUGCCUUCUCAAUCGACCAGCUCAUGGAGCUUGCCGGACUAUCCGUGUCACAAGCGAUCUAUCGCGUUCACCCUCCUAGUCGAGGUCUGAACAUUCUUGUUGCAUGCGGCCCCGGUAACAACGGUGGCGAUGGCCUAGUGGCUGCCCGACACCUUUGUCACUAUGGCUACAAGCCCACUAUCUACUAUCCCAAGCGGAGCAAGAAUGAUUUGUAUCAGCGGUUGGCGCAGCAGUUGGUGGACUUGGACGUUGCGUUCGUCGACGAUUUCCUCACGGCGGCGAAAACUACUGAUCAUAUCGUUGACGCUAUCUUCGGGUUCAGCUUUUCUGGAGAGGUCCGGGAGCCUUUCCCCGCGGUGAUCAAGGCGCUCGAGGAAACAAAGCUGCCGGUCACUUCGGUUGACGCCCCAUCAUCGUGGGAUAUCGAAAAUGGCCCGCCCGAGUCCGGCCCCGGGAGUUCGUUCCAGCCUGAGGUCCUUGUCAGCCUGACAGCACCAAAGCCACUGGUGAAGCAUUUCAAAGGACGGCACUUCAUCGGCGGAAGAUUCGUAUCGCCGGGCAUUGCUGAAAAAUUCAAUUUGGAAAUUCCGCAGUACGAAGGCAUCGACCAGGUGGUGGAAGUUGAUAAUAACGGCCAGAAGCUGUAA